GUAUUCCUCUUUCCCUAAGAGACACAGUGUGCUUAUUGGAGUAUGUUCUUAUAAAGGAAGAGGAAACCGAAUUCAGCAAAAGAUCCUUCUUGGAGAAAGACGCCAGAAUCGGAACCUUGUUAGAAGACGCACCUUAAAAACUCCUUGAUCUAUAGAAAGAAGUUGUCUUCAAGGCUGAGUAAUUCAGUCAAUGUUUCUUCAACUAUGAGCAAGACCUAUGCUUUUUUGCCUGAACUGAAAAAAGUUGUGAAAGGUAGAAUCAACCUGGACGAAGGCUCUUUACAGAAAAAAGAUGCCAUCAGUGCCUCUGAUGCCUCUCAUGAAUCAACACAUAAAACGGACGGUCAAAAACCAACAGUGUCAGCAAAUCCAAAUUUUAAAGCAACUAAUAUCAGUUACGAGCCUUACGUUCCAGAUCCGGAUUAUCCUGGAGCUAGAGAAUUUUAUAAAAAAGAUCAAUUACGUGAAAAAUCAAGGGCCAUCGGAAGAAAUAAAAACUUUACCAGAAUUCCUUCCUCUGAAUCGCCGGAGCCAGAUCCAGAUUAUUAAGGGACUUCUGAUAAUUACUACAGACACAAUGGUGAAAUGGUGAAAAAAAAGACACCAGAUCGCUUUGUACCUUCAGAAAAUUGCUGAUGGCAAUGGUAGAUAGUGGACAGAAAUUAACUUGUGAUUCUUUUGUUUCUGAUGCUAAUUAAACAACAAAUAUCUAGUCGAGAUAUUUCAUUGAACGUGCCAACAUACUCUCUCUCUCUCUAAUAUAGAGAAAAACCAGUGUUUCGUUAACGUGUAAGACAUCGUAGUCACGUGCUAAAUGACGAUUAUUCAGGGUGACAUCACCCUUGUUGACAUGUACAUGUAAAUAUACUCACCAGUCGUAUUAUUGAGUUCAAUUGUUAGAAGCUUUUAUUAAAAGCACACGACUCAAACUUACGUCUCCUGUAAAAAUUCAGUUGAUUUAGUUGGAUAAAAUGGUUCACAAAAAGGUAUUCGUGCACUGACUCAGCCACAGGAAUUUUUAUUUCAACUGGAGAAAUCCGUCAUCGAAACUUCCCAGAACGAGAUUCAACAAUUAUAGCUAUGGAACCUACUCCACGACGAAUAAGGCAAACUGUCUUGUUUGAAGCUCAGGUGAUUCAGAUUUUGCAACCUUUUCUGUCACAGAAAAAAUAAAUCAUGGGUUAUGUUGUACAAUAGAGCAAGAAAAGAAACCUUCCAAGAAUCGUGUACUGUGAUGUACUUUACAUUGGGAGGAGCAGUGGACAAGUUGAUACAAAUAAUAUCUAGUCUCGUAAGAAAUAUAAUGGCAAAAUGAUUUGUAAAACUUUCAGUUUUGCUGUUAAAUUUUGCGAUAAUAAACAUCGUGUUUUCUUCGCUUUCAUGAACUUCAUGACCUCUGUCAUGAACUUUAUUUUUGUUUGAUUUUUGAAAUUUACAGAGUAGUUU